UCCCCGAGAUUUAAAGGGCCCGCUCUCCGCCCUGCUCUGGGAGCCACAGCUGGUCCCGGCCUUGCGACCUGCGGGGAGGCUGUCCGGAGGAGGCGGCGACGGUGGCGGCGUUGGUGCGUCCCCGGCCCUCAGGACCGCGGCUUCCUUCCUGCCAGGUCUCUCCAUCUGUCCAUCCAUCCGUGGGGGUCCACAAUGGCCACCUUCAGCCGCCAGGAAUUUUUCCAGCAACUACUGCAGGGCUGUCUCCUGCCUACUGCCCAGCAGGGCCUUGACCAGAUCUGGCUGCUCCUUGCUAUCUGCCUCGCCUGCCGCCUCCUCUGGAGGCUUGAGAUGCCAUCCUACCUGAAGCAUGCAAGCACUGUGGCAGGUGGGUUCUUCAGCCUCUACCACUUCUUCCAGCUGCACAUGGUUUGGGUUGUGCUGCUCAGCCUCCUGUGCUACCUCGUGCUGUUCCUCUGUCGACAUUCCUCCCAUCGAGGCGUCUUCCUCUCUGUCACCAUCCUCAUCUACCUACUCAUGGGUGAGAUGCACAUGGUGGACACUGUGACAUGGCACAAGAUGCGAGGGGCCCAGAUGAUCGUGGCCAUGAAGGCGGUGUCUCUGGGCUUCGACCUGGACCGGGGCGAGGUGGGUUCAGUGCCCUCACCUGUGGAGUUCAUGGGCUACCUCUACUUCGUGGGCACCAUCGUCUUUGGGCCCUGGAUAUCCUUCCACAGCUACCUGCAGGCUGUCCAGGGCCGCGCACUGAGCUGCCAAUGGCUGCGGAAGGUGGCCUGGAGCCUGGCACUGGCCCUGCUGUGCCUUGUCCUGUCAACCUGUGUGGGCCCUUACCUCUUCCCGUACUUCAUUCCCCUUGAUGGUGACCGCCUCCUUCGCAACAAGAAACGCAAAGCCAGGGGCACCAUGGUAAGGUGGCUGCGAGCCUACGAGAGUGCUGUCUCCUUCCACUUCAGCAACUAUUUCGUGGGCUUUCUUUCGGAGGCCACAGCCACAUUGGCAGGGGCUGGCUUCACCGAGGAGAAGGACCACCUGGAAUGGGACCUGACAGUAUCCAAGCCAUGGAAUGUGGAGCUGCCCCGGUCCAUGGUAGAAGUUGUUACAAGCUGGAACCUGCCCAUGUCUUAUUGGCUAAAUAACUAUGUUUUUAAGAAUGCUCUCCACCUGGGGACCUUCUCAGCCGUGCUGGUGACCUAUGCAGCCAGUGCCCUCCUGCACGGCUUCAGCUUCCACCUAGCUGCGGUGCUGCUGUCCCUGGCAUUUAUCACUUACGUGGAGCAUGUCCUCCGGAAACGCCUGGCUCGGAUCCUCAGCGCCUGCGUCUUGUCGAAACGGUGCCCACCAGAAUGUUCACACCAGCAUCGCUUGGGCCUGGGGGUGCGAGCCUUAAAUCUGCUCUUUGGGGCCCUAGCCAUCUUCCACCUGGCCUACCUGGGCUCCCUUUUUGAUGUUGAUGUGGACGACACCACAGAAGAGCAGGGCUAUGGCAUGGCAUACACUGUCCACAAGUGGUCAGAGCUCAGCUGGGCCAGUCACUGGGUCACUUUCGGAUGCUGGAUCUUCUACCGUCUCAUAGGCUGAGGCACAUCUGUGGACCCUCACAGCUCCCUCAAGACCCCUCCUCAGGGUGCCAGCUCUGAUGGGGGAUGAGGGAAGGCCCUCUAAUUCUUAACCCCUCUCCGUCUUUGAUCCCCUCCGGUACCCCUACACACACACACACACACACUUUCCAUGCUUGUCAGUCCCCACCCCACCGCAAGGCGGGAAGUGGGUGGUCCUGCUGGGGCCUAGGGAUAGGGGAUGCUUGGGGAAGCAGAAAGGGGAGAUCCAGGGCCUCCCUGCUUCCUUCUCCCUUUUAUAUACAGUUUGUGUCAAAUAAAAGUAGGAAAUACACAAAAGGCUCUUUCUUCACUGUUCAGUGGGGAAUAGAAGUGAGGAAGGGGGCACAGCAUGGAUAAAGGUUUGGAAGCUAGAAACCAUGAAGAGGAAGCAGGCUGAUUGCUUAAUUGUUAAUUUAUUAUUGCUCAUGAUUGGAGGAUGAGGCCAAAGAGGGCAUUGCUUAAUUUGAAUUAGGCCAGGACAUACUGGAUAGUUGGAUGUAGGGGAGGCCUGAUAAUAAUUAGCUGGAAAAUUGAGGGAUCCUCACUCUGUUUGAUCUGACGGGACAGAGAGGAGGGAAAAGCAAGGUAGAUGAAGAGGUGAUGCUUACUGGUCUUUAGGACUGAGGGUUGUGGGUUCUGGUUGGAUAGGAGAUCUAGGAUAGGUCUGGGUGCCCACUGGCUUAGAGUUAUGGAGUUCUGAUUGGCUCUUUAGAGUUGGCACAGGGAGAUGGAGGGUCUCUAUGCCGACUGGCCAGUUAGGCUGAGGGACCUGAGUUUUGUUUAGUUCUGAUUCGAAGUUGGGAGAGGUGAGGAUGACCCCUGAGCUGUUCUAAUCGCCGAGGGAGAGGGCAGAGGCAUAAUAUGCAUGAUGUGAUCUGCCUGUCGUACUAACAGUUUCCUUGCCCAUUUAGGCAUUAGGAUUGAAGGUUGGUCCGGGAACUCAUUGGUUGCUCUGCCUAGAAAACGAGGGAAAAGGUGAGAGGACACAACACAAUGCUGAUUUCACAGAUUGGCUUCGGACUGAAAACGCCCCACCAAGCUCGGCCUAUCCCAGCUUUCACCGCCCUCCUGACUCGGUCUCAGCCAACCGCGAGAAUGGCACAUCGCGUGAGGGGGCCGGUGAUACAACAGAGAGCUC